AUGGUGAUGAACACUUCUCCGGCGCCUGAAACGGCGAAGGUAGUCACAUCGGCUGAUGGUGAUGAGGAUGAACCAGUGUCUUCAAGCAAGUCCCCAUUUGCUCCCGUGGAAGUUGUUGAUGUAAUCGUCAAUCACAAUCCCGCUAAUUUGGGUUCUCCACCUCUAAAAGGAGCUUGGACGAAGAAGCUAAAAUUCAUCUCUUCAUCGGCCUCGCAACAAGCUGCAAGUGGAAUCACGGUUCCUGGUCUGGGGGCAUCCGUUCCUAAAUCAUCAAAGGAAGAUAAUCUGAGAUUUCCUUGGGCUGCUAAAAUGGAUCCGGCAGCAAGAAAUCUUUACAGAGCUACCUCACCGGAGUAUAUGGAAGACGGUACCCCAAAGGUAACAAUUCCAAGUCAUGUCUUGUUGCAAGGUCUUGAGAAUCAGAAGGAAUAUGUUCUAGGUCAGUUCUAUAGAUGUAGUCCUCCUCCUAGUGGCUUAAUUCAUGCUGUGAUAAAUAGAAUUUGGGGUAAGAAGUGUAGAAUUUUUAUGCGCAAGCUAGAUAAUUCUAAAUUUCUCUUCCAUAUUCCGGAUGCUUCAACCAGAGCUUGGGUUCUUCAAAGAGGAUUAUGGCAUGUUGAUGAUUGUCUUAUGUUUGUUGCUCCUUGGUCUGCUGCAGAUACAUUUGAUAUCCCAGAGAUAUCGACCAUUCCUGUUUGGGUAACACUUAAAAAUAUACCAAACAGGCUGUACUCAAUUUCAGGAAUUAGCCAUAUUGCAUCAGGGUUAGGUGCUCCUAUGGCUACACACUAA